AUGGACUCUUCCUCACAGGUAACGGAGCUUCCAGCAGCCACAGACACCAUGAGUGCCAAAUAUGGCCUGGGGGGCUACAACAAUGCACGGAAGUACAUUUCCAUCUCCAUCCCGUCGUCCACAGAGGUGAUGUCACCGCACAUAAAGUCUGUGGAGGAGCUGAGGGUUCUGGGAAUCAACCUUAGCAGCUUAAGUGCCCCGAAACAGUUCAUCGUCUGCGUAGCCGGAGUCUUCCUCUUUUAUCUGAUCUAUGGAUACUUGCAGGAGUUGAUAUUUUCCGUGGAAGGAUUCAAGCCUUUCGGUUGGUACCUCACUCUGGUCCAGUUCGGCUUUUACUCCACGUUUGGACUUGUGGAGCUACAGCUCACUCAAGACAAACGCAGAAGGAUACCGGGGAAGACGUAUAUGAUCAUAGCAUUUUUAACAGUAGGCACUAUGGGCCUGUCCAAUACGUCUUUGGGAUACCUGAACUACCCCACACAGGUCAUCUUCAAGUGCUGUAAACUCAUCCCAGUCAUGAUUGGAGGAGUCUUUAUUCAAGGUAAACGGUAUAAUCUGAUCGACGUGUCGGCUGCCCUCUGUAUGAGUCUGGGACUCAUCUGGUUUACGCUGGCUGACAGCAAAGUGGCUCCCAACUUCAAUGUUACAGGAGUCAUGCUCAUCUCCCUGGCGCUGUGCGCUGAUGCUGCCAUUGGAAAUGUGCAGGAGAAAGCCAUGAAACUCUACAACGGCUCCAACUCUGAAAUGGUGCUGUACUCCUACUCUAUUGGGUUUGUCUACAUACUGGCAGGCCUGCUCAGUGUGGGCGGACUGGGACCAGCAGUAGCGUUCUGCUCAGAGCACCCUGUCAAAACGUACGGUUACGCCUUCGUCUUCUCCCUCACGGGUUAUUUUGGAAUCUCCUUUGUGUUGGCCUUAAUCAAGCUCUUUGGUGCCCUCGCUGCAGUGACAGUGACCACAGGGAGAAAGGCCAUGACUAUCGUACUUUCCUUCGUGUUCUUCUCGAAACCUUUCACUUUCCAGUACAUCUGGGGUGGCCUUCUGGUUCUCUUUGGCAUCUUUUUGAAUUUUUACAGCAAAAACAAAGAAAAAAUGAAGCUCCCCUCAGUCAGGGACAUCAGGAGCUGGCUGCUGACGAGAAAGAAAGUCCGAUUUCUUUCACAAGACGUAUAGGAGCCCCCCCUUCCCCCAUUAGUGUGGCUAAAUCCUGCACAGGCACACUGGUCCAGGUGUAGUGUUGGCCCACGCUUUCCAGGGAGAUGUGCUGAAGCAUGUGCCUGAGCUACAGGGCUACAUCACCACCAGUAUUGAGCCAAGGAUGGUAUACAGGGUUUGACCUCCAAUCGGCCUUACAAACAGCUGCCAUGAUUAAACUGUGGACUGGGGAGCUGCUGGGUCUUGUCUAGAUCUACCAGCUACUGGUUAGCUGAACGCACGGUAUCAGCAGAGAACUGAAGGGGAGAAAAUGUUUGUUUUUAU